CACACAGCAGCAAAAGUGAAAGAAGAGUGAGCACUCUUAGGAAAACAAGCAGCAGUACACAGCUAGAACAGCAGACAGAGACACACAGGCUUUUCAUUUCACUUUGAAAUUUACACACGUAUAUUGUCAAACAUGGGAUCUGCUCCAACUAAACCUGAAUUUGUUACAGUCUUGGCUGACAAACAUGUUACAAGUGGAGAUAAUAUUAUUCUUCAGUGUCAGGCAAACACAGAAGACGUAACUGCAUCAUGGGAGAAGGACAGCCAUACACUGUCUUGUGUAGAGGGCAAGCACACUGUGAAGAAAAUUGGUACAAGAUUUGUCUUGGAAAUUUUAAAUGCCCAGGAAAGUGAUGAAGGAAAUUACAAAAUAACCCUGAGCAACAGUUCAGGUUCAGCCUCAUGCUCUGCCCUUGUCAGAGUCGAAAUUAAAAACUGGAGAGAAGUGCAAUGGAGCAAAAAAGAUUCAAUGUUAAAGACUCUCAAGUCAUUUAAGAUUUGUAAUGAAGUCAAAGAGCUCCGCUACCUUGUGUAUGGACCAGUUGGAGCAGGAAAGUCCAGCACCAUAAACACAAUCAGAUCCAUUUUUGAAGGACGUCAAUUUGUAAACUGUCUGGCUGCUGCAGAAUCUACUAAGACUCACACUCUAUGUUUUGAAAGUUACAGAUUUGCAAAUGAAGAAGAAUCAUUUCCCUUUAUCUUCUACGAUAUAAUGGGUGCAGAGGCAGAAGAAGACGGGGUGCAAACUCAAGAUGUCAUCAGUGCUUUAAAAGGUCACAUAAAAGAGGGGUAUACGUUCAACCCUAACACUCCAUUGUCUGAAAGCAACCUUUAUUACAAUCAAAAUCCCAGCCUAAGUGAUCAGAUGCACUGCCUGGUGUAUGUUGUACCAGCUGACAAGGUUUCAAUGAUGAAACCAGACUUUCUCAAAAAAUUGGAGAGUGUCAGAAAAACAGCAAGCAGAAUGGGAAUCCCUCAAGUGGUUUUCAUGACAGGAGUAGACCGUGCAUGUCAAAUGACAAAGGAGAAUCUGCACAACGUCUACAAAAGCAAAAAGAUCAGAGAGAACAUGAGAAAAUACAGUAAUGCCCUGGGUGUGCCUGUGAACUGUAUCUUCCCUGUCUUGAACUAUCAUGAGGAGACCCAUGUAAAUGAGGAUAUAAACUGCCUGAUGCUGGAUGCCUUAACACAAAUUAUACAUUUUGCUAAUGACUAUGUGGUCAAAUUCUCUAAGGGACAAAUUUCACAUCAACAACCACAUUGUGAAUAAAAAAAGAAAAAAAUUCACAAGAUAUGAAAGGGAGAAUGACAAAAAUAAUUUCUUAAUUUCUAAAAGCUAAUUGUUAUUUAAAUUCACCCAAUCCUCAAUCUAAAUCAAUCUGAUAAAGCAACACAUUUUAAAAUAUAAAACUUACAGUAUAUUAUUGUUAAGAUCCCACUUUUAAAAAGGAAUCUAUCUAUUAAUUCUACAGAUAUAAAUAUAAAAUGGUUGCUUUGCAUAAGGGAGAAUCAGAAAAUAGUACAACUUAACAUAAUACUUACAGUAGGUAGUCGACAGGAAUGCCUAUUACCGCCAUGCUUACCACCGUUGCCAAACACCAGCGGUCAAAAUAAACCAGUUGGAUUUUAAAGUCAUUCAUGAAAUAACCGCCAAGUGGCGAAAUGUGACAUUUUUAGUCAUCAUCGUUUUUAAAUUUAAUUAGAGCUUAUGUCAUAAAAAAGUCAUAACAAUAUGUUGUAUCGAAGAAAUACUACAGUGAUGGGAAUUUUAACGUCCGAGUACUUUAUACAACAAACAUGAAAAAUCAGAACCAGAGCUAUUGACAUUUAUUGUACAAUAACACACUCAUUUAAAUGUUGUUUAGACAGAUGAUCAAGUUCACUAGCUAACAAUUUUACACAAAAAAAAUAGAAUAUAUAUAUAACCUUUUAUAUAUCCUACUGUAACUGUGUUUGUAUCUGUUUAUUGUUAUUAUUUGUGUCUAUGUGUCAUAGGAAUUUUUCUGGGAAUUUUGUUGUAUUAAAUAAUAUUUAUAAUCAGGGCCUCUUAUUCCUAUGUAUUCUAGGUUGUUGUUUGUUUAUUUUAGGUUGUUGUAUGUGUCGAUAGACGAUGAGUGAGUGAGUGUUGUUUUAGUGUUACUGUGUGUGCUUUACAUUGUUAAACAACAUUCAAAUGCAAAUAAUUCACGCUUGCCCACUUCCCCAGGUGUGAACUUGUCUCAGCUGUUCUCACCUAUACAUUCAGAUAAAUUGAAAUGCAUCCCUCCCCACUUAAAGAUAACAAGUCAGCUAGUCAGCUCCUGGGACAAGGAUUACUUGCCUCUUAGAGCUGAGGCCUUUCAGAAGACCUGUAGUGGUUCAAGCCUCUUCUUAAAUUUGUGUAAAUUUGAAAUUUUCUGGAUUCUACAUUCUAAAAUUGACAUUGUUACCAUUUUUAAUUCUUGGAAUGGAAUAAAUGUAGAUUUUCCUUA